CUCUACCCACACCAUUACCACGCCUCGCACAAUUGUCGCCAGGCGAGACAAGGACAACUAGCAAGAGAGCAAGGCGAUGUCAAUGGCGGACGAGCAAUACGACGCUGGGCCGCGCGGGGCGCCGCAUGGGCUGCUGUUGGCGGUGGUGGUGGGGCUGCUGGUUGGGUGGCCGCUUUUCCUAAGUGACGGCGCUGAGGCGGUCACCGAUGCCAUCGCCGAGCUGCUCGGCCCCGUGGGCCUGCUCCUCCUCCCGGUGGGGCUCCUCCUCCUCAUCCACCUCCUCUCCUGCGACCGCUCCCCCGACGUGUUCGAGUUUGGCGGCUCGCCCGACGCCGUGCACCACGUCGGGGGAUCCCCCGUCGGCGUGGCGCUGAUGCUGGUCCUCAUCCUUGCCCUCCUCUACUACCGGUCCGCGCUCUUCGGUGGCGGCGGAGGCGACGACGAGUAGGCGCCUAGGCGCUCGCCAGUAGGUACUAGGUAGAGCCUGAUCUCGGUGUGGCUGGUUGGUUGUUCAGACUUACGAGUAGGCACUCCAGCAGGCAGCAGUAAAUAAAAAAAGUGAGAGCUUUGCGUCUAAUCUGUUCCAAGUGUUGCAUUCCAAUCUUGGUCCAACUGGCAAGGACAAACAAAAAGUUGGAACUGAAUUUGACCUGAUUUGUGCCUUUUGAACCGAUAGUGAGACGCUAGCUCCAA